AUGAUUGAAAAGGUUAACCCAUGUACGUUAUAUAUCACCCCAGUAGCUACAGGUUUCUAAUGGAAACCGCACUACUGACAGAGCAUUCUACCCGAGUCCUAAUGGCAAAAGCACUAUGUCUCCGCCUAGAUGUACAAUCAAAUCCUCUUAGGCCCUGAUUUCUUAUGUUCCUAGUUAUUAUUAGGUAGCAAAACAAUUUGCAGUGAAAGGUAAUACGUAGUUCAGUCGCUAGAAGCUUUUGGAGAGCAGGCAGGCAGGCAGACUACCAGUUUCAUUUGGUUUCCUGGUAUUGCUAUGAUUUUAUAUUCCCCUCAUAUCAAAAAUAUCAAUUUUGUUGUGUGUGUGGGCAUCAUUGCCAUUUCCAUAAGCUUGGGAUUGAAGUCAUUUAAAGCAAAGUCCGUUUUUUGAUAAUUUCAUAGUGGGGAUAAAUAUCAAUACCCACAGGAAAACAUGGUCACAAAUAUUUUAUUGCAACAUUGUACUCUGUAUAUUGAUAAUAUGCUCUUUGUAGUAUCUCUCCAACAGAUUACAGUGCUAAAUGAAAGUAUUGCAUUUCAUAUGGAAAUUGUACACUCCUUCUUUUCCCCACCAACUACAGUAGGCCUUAGAUCUAUGCAUGGAGUAAUACGGAUUUGAAUAGUACAGUUGAUGUUAAUGGUUAUAUUUCUAUAUGCAUUUCUAAUGUAUUUAUUCUCUUCUCCUAUAGGUUAUUUGGGAACAGUGGGGCGUGCAGUGCUUGUGGUCAGUCCAUUCCCGCCAGUGAACUGGUCAUGAGGGCACAAGGCCAGGUGUACCAUCUCAAGGUGAGCCCUUUCUCUAACCUCUGACCUUUAACUUCCUCAAAUAAUAAUACUAUGCCAUUUAGCAGAUGCUUUUAUCCAAAGCGACUUACAGUCAUGCGUGCAUACAUUAUUAUAUAUUGUUUUUGUGUAUGGGUGGUCCCGGGGAUCGAACCCACUACCUUGGCGUUACAAGCGCCGUGCUCUACCAGCUGAGCUACAGAGGACCACCUAACCAGGGUCCUGUUCAUUAGGGCAUGCACAAAGUUGUAAAGUAUAAUUUCUUAUUGGAUAAAUCAUAGGUAGUCCCUCCUUGUUUCUGACCGUUUUCUUCCGUUUGGUACCUAAUGAAAACGACCCUGACCUCACAUAAUGUCCUGUUAGAAAUCACACCAGUAAAAGAUACACAAUAUCAGCAUUAGCACUUUAAGCAAUAAACAUAGUUCUAAUUACUUGGUAAUAGCUAACUUUAGGGCUUAUUUAUAACUGUAUAAUUAAUUUUACUAGGUGAAUAAUUUGUGUGCUAGGUUACAUGUUAUGAAAGCUUUUAAGGAUUUGUUUACAACACUUUAGGAGCUGUUUAGCACAUAGUCUUGUUUUGAUAGUGUUGCGCAAGACAACCUUUAUUAAUUAAACACCACAUAAUGACUUAUUUAUGGGUAAUUUGGAUAAAAAGUGAAAUGAGCUUUACCAUAAUAACUUUCACUUGUACAUUUUGUUGUCGGUGUGGUUGUUUUCUCGUCUGACGUCUUAGUGUGUGCUUUUGUGUGUGUGAGCGUGUCUAUGUCCCAGUGUUUUCAUCUCUCUCUCUCUCUAUUUAUCUAUCUCUCUCUCUCUCUCUCUCUCUCUCUCUCUCUCUCUCUCUCUCUCUCUCUCUCUCUCUCUCUCUCUCUCUCUCUCUCUCUCUCUCUCUCUCUCUCUCCCACAGUGUAUUCAUGUUCUCUCUCUCUCUUUGUUCCCCCACAGUGUUUCACGUGUUCUACCUGUCGGAACCGGCUGGUCCCAGGCGACAGGUUCCACUAUAUCAACGGCAGUCUGUUCUGUGAACACGACAGACCCACAGCACUCAUCAAUGGGCAUUUGAGUUCACUGCAGACGAACCCACUACUGCCCGACCAGAAGGUAUGUACUGAAGGAGACACUUGUCAAUGA